GAUGUUCUAAGUCAUUCACUAGAAGCCAUUCCAAGAAUCCAAUUCAGCUCACAGACAGAGAUGGAUUACAACCUCAACAAGAAUGAUUAUAAUUUGGUUAAAAGAAGCUUGAAGUUCAUCUUCUCUUUAAUCCCUCUGGUUCUCUGCUACUCUUCAGGCUUCUUCUCUUUGUUUCUCCAUUCUUGCAAUCUCUACUUUUCCAACACUUUCUUCUUCUCCUUCGUUACACACACUAUUGACAGGAAAUACAUGUUCCUCAUCUGUAAUGGAAUCCUUGCUUUUCUUGUUAAAAGUUUGACUUCUUCCACCUCAUCCUCAUCAUCACCAUUACAAUCCAACAUGAAUAUUACUGAAGAAGAAAUCAAACCGUCAGUCCACUUUGUCAGUAAGCAUGAUCAGCAUUUUAUUGUUGUGGAAGCCAUUGAUGGGCCUUCAGAGAAUGUUGCAGGCAAUGUUAUAUAUAUAGCUGAUCAAGAGGAGCAAGAAAGAGAAGAGAAAGCAGUGGAAGAUGAAGAUGAAGAACACGCAGAAGAAAAAGAAGACGAUGAUGAAGGAUUAAGAGUGGAUUUGGCUGGAGAAGAUGAUCAUGGAGAGAGAGAAGAAGUAAGAAGUGGGAUUUUGGUGAAGCAAGAAGAAGAAGAUGCAAAGACAAAGUUUGCAGAAGAUAUAGGGAGUAAUGAUGAUGAUUUGAACAGGAAAAUUGAAGAGUUUAUAAGAAAAAUGAAAGAAGAAAUUAGGAUUGAAGCUCGGCAGCAACUUAUUGCUGUGUAAACAUAUUUUCCAUUUUACAUAAAA